GCUAGUGAAACGGAAGAACGAUCAUCAGUCGAUCAGUUCAAAUCGAAUAAAGAUGAACGUAGUAAUAUUUUUAGUAUGUGGACUAUGCGCCUUCGUUGCUGGCCAACACAUAAUCGAUAAAAGUGGCACUGGAAAAAGAAGUACGUACGAUACCGAUAAUGGCCAACAAGCAGAACUCGAAGAAGGAACACCUGAACAAGAAGAAUAUGACCAAAACGCUUACGGAAAGGGAGUGACACUAGAUCAAGGAACGCUGGAACACGACCAAGGAACGCCCGUACAAGCAGUGGCAAUAGAUCAAGGAACGCAAAACCAAGACGCUUAUGGACAGACAGCGAACUUAAACCAAGUUACAAAUGAUCAAACCAUACACAGUCAAGAAUCGUACGGUUUGCCAAAUGGUAAAGUCCAAGAGGUGCAAGGUGAGAAUCUAUUGGAAGUACCCACAAAAAUCGAAUACCAGACGAUCGAAAAGGAGGUGGUCCAACCAUACCCGGUCGAGGUGGAGAAACGUGUACCAUACCCAGUAAAGGUUGAAGUUCCCGUCGAUCGCCCUUAUCCAUUGCAUGUACCCAAGCCGUAUCCGGUGCAAGUAGAAAAACCGGUCCCAUACGAAGUCAAAGUCAACGUACCACAACCGUACACUGUCUACAAGCACAUCCCUUUUGAAGUCAAGGUACCAAUCGACAAACCAUACGCCGUCCACGUACCCGUUCCGUACGCAGUGCCCGUCCAGAAGUUGGUCCCAUACGAAGUCGUCAAGCACGUACCUUACCCCAUCAGCAUGUUCGUUGACCGACCGUACACCGUGCUUGUGCCAUACGAGAAGCACGUACCAUACACGGUGGAGAGGCCGAUUCCCUACCCAGUCAGCGUGCCUGUCGACAAGCCAUACCAGGUGGUCGUAGAGAAGCGAGUACCGUUUACUGUGAACAAACCUGUCCCGUAUAUCGUGCACAAACCAGUUCCAUACCAGAUUAAGGUUCCACAGAGAAUUGAAGUCCCAGUACCAUACCCGGCUGGUACUCAAACUGAAAAAUCCUUUACGUACAAUUCAUGGAGACCAAUUCACCAACUUUCCGACAACAAACCAAAACACAAUCUCUACCAAAGUGAAAACCAUAGUGGACUUAAAUUGAAUUUAAAAUUCUUUGCAACGAUGGUAGUAAUAUUGUUGCAAAUUACGUGUGUCAUCGGGCUGUGCGCUUUCGUCGUAGGCGGAGCAGAGCUGCAGACCGACAAGACCGAGGAGACCGUUGCGGCGACAACGACAAAUACAACAGUGCCAGCAGUGACAAUAAACGACAACGGAAAAGAACAUGGCAAAAGAGGCGUAUUUGACACUGGUUACGGUUACGCUGCAACUAGUUACAGUAAUGUAGUAAACGGUCAACACUUCCAGCACGGACAUGAGCAGAAAGUGAUUCUCUCCAAGACGAUCAUCCGGGAGGUGGCCCAACCUUACCCGGUCGAGGUCGAGAAACGGGUACCAUACCCGGUAAAGGUCGAAGUGCCCGUUGACCGCCCUUACCCAGUGCACGUUCCUAAGCCAUAUCCGGUGCACGUCGACAAGCCUGUCCCGUACGAAGUUAAAGUCAACGUGCCGCAACCAUACACAGUCUAUAAGCAUGUCCCAUAUGAAGUUAAGAUACCCGUCGACAAGCCAUAUACAGUGCACAUACCACAACCGUACACGGUUUACGUCGAGAAGCGAGUACCUUAUGAAGUCGUCAAGCACGUCCCAUAUCCCGUCAAGGUGUUCGUCGAUAAACCGUAUACCGUGAAAGUGCCAGUCGACAAACACGUCCCUUACACAGUUGAAAAGCCCGUACCCUAUCCGGUUAAAGUACCAGUAGACCGUCCAUACCAGGUAACCGUCGAGAAGCACGUGCCGUAUACCGUCGACAAACCGGUGCCUUAUCCAGUCGAAAAACAUGUGCCGUAUCCAGUCAAAGUUCCAGUAAAAGUCCAUGUCCCGGUACCUUACGAAGUAAAAAGCCACGAACAAAAAUUCUUUGAUCAAACUCAACGUAAAGAAGAAGUAGAACAACAGCAACAGCAGUACGAGUCUGAAGAUCAACAGCAACAACAACAAUAUGAACCCGAAGAGCAAUCUCAACCUCAACAAUUCAAGCCGGAAGUGCAAUCACAACCACAACAAUACGUACCCGAAGAACAAUCUCAACCAGAAGUACAAACACAAACACAACAAUAUGAACAUGAAGUACAAUCUCAACAACAACAAUAUGAGCAAGAAGUACAAUCACAACAACAACAAGAAUACGAAAACGAGGAAAAGUUGCAACCACAACUGCAGUACGUACAUGCAAUAAAAUCACAGCAACAACGACAAUACGAAUACGAAAAACAGUCACAAAAACAAGAUGAUCGCGAUGAACAAGCACAACAACCUGACGAACACUCGGAACAAACGCAGCAAGGUGAACCAGAGAACAUCGAUUAUCAAUAGAAAUUUUAUUAAUUUUUUGUUACUAGUCACAAAUUAUAACCACAUUAUAAUUUUGUGGUUAGGUUAGGUUUUGUGUUAUGAUUACCGAAACUUAAAGUAUUCGACCAUAUACUUACAUCGGUUGAUAACGAACAUUAUGUACAUAACUAUGUAAUGAAAUCAAAUAAAGACUUAUUUUAUACUA